GGCCCACAAGUAUAUCCAAGGAUUCUCGACGUUCUAGUCUUACUUCAGCCUCUCUUAAUCCACAUCAACAAUCUCAAUCCCAAAUCCCAAAUCCAAGAAACCUCUAUACUACCUAGCCUCGAACGCUCGACCGAUUCCAUUCGCCAAUAACCAAUCCCCAGUCUCUGCCGAAGCCUUUCUUCCGAACUACAAGCUAAAAUCAACUCUUCGUGCCCCAAGACAGUGCCGGUCUUCCAGAAACCUACCCACCUCUUCCCUCUCGAAAAUUACCUUUCAUAACUGCCCGUUUCCCUGCCUCCGUUCACCAUGGCUUUGAGUAAUGUUGGAUCGAUUGUUCUGCAAAUUCUGAUAUUUUUAACGACUCUGGUGAACUUUACGUUCACUCUCACUUCGCUGGGACCUUUCUUUCUACUCAUCCUGUAUGCGGUCAUUAAGAUUACUGCAACGCCCCCCGAGGAAGAUAUAUUCAGGAAAUGUCAAUUACGUCACCUCUACCACGGUUGACGAAUGAUGGUAUCGCUCAUUCCAACCUCGACGAACCUCGGAUUUCAUACUUGAAAGAUGAGUCCUCUGCGAAUGAAAGCGUCCAUAGGCAUAGAGGGCAAAGAUCCGAUAUAGAAAGCAACUAUGUAGAUGCCAAUGGGUUUGCAAGCGGAAAUAAAAAUAUAAAUGGAAAUGGAAAAGGGAACGGGAAUGGGAAUAUUUAUACCAAUGGCAAUACAGGCCAUGGACGCUUUGCGGUGUCAGAUUACCCCGACGCGGGAGGCGAUCAUGGAAUAAAUGGAGUGGACCAACAGCCGGACACGGAGGAAACUGCAGUUGCCAAAGUCAGUAUUCGUGAUCGCAUUGGUUGUGUUACUUGGACAUGGUUCACUCUAACAAUGGCCACUGGAGGAAUUGCAAAUGUCCUUUAUUCAAUCCCAUAUCGAUCGAAUUGGCUGAGAAUAGUAGGAGAAAUAGUCUUCUUACUCAAUCUUAUAUUCUUUGUAAUGAAUUGUAUCUUAAUCUCUCUUCGCUUCAAAUGGAACCCUGGGAGUUUCUCUAAAUCUUUCCUUAGUCCAUCCGAAUCUCUAUAUAUUCCUGCUUGUAUGAUUUCAGUGGGAACAAUUCUUGUCACCAUGUGUCAGUAUGGAAUCCCAAAGACUGGUCUGUGGUUCCAAACUACUAUGCAGGUAUGCUUUUGGGCGUAUUGCACUUUAAGCGUAGUAGCAUCAUCCGGGAUGUACCUAUUGCUUUGGUCCACUCAAGAAUUUCCCAUUGGUAAUAUGACUCCGCUCUGGACCUUCCCUGCCUAUCCGUUACUCCUGACGGGCCCAGUUGCAGCAAAUCUUAUUUCUGCUCUACCCGAUGCAACUGCAGCUGCACGCAUCGAUUCUACUGCUAUCGCUUUCGGAGCAAUUUGCUUUCAAGGAAUUGGAUUUCUCCUCAGUCUCAUGAUCUACAGUGCUUUCCUCUAUCGAUUAAUGACCAAGAAACUUCCCCAAGAGACAACACGACCUGGAAUGUUCGUAUCGGUGGGCCCUUCCGGGUUCACAGUGACAGCAAUCGUUUCUCUCUCUAAUUCUGUGCAGACGACCAUCUUACCCAAUGGGAUUUUCGGCAAUACCGAGGGCCCUUUCGUUUUAUACUUAAUGGGGAGUUUCACAGGGCUCUUCAUCUGGGGUCUAUGCCUUUGGUUCUGUUUGAUAUCCAUAGGUGCUCAUUGGCAAGUUAUGCAACCUCAUCACCCGGAACAUCACAUUAGUGCAGACAUGACAUGGAACUCAUUCGUCUUCCCAAAUACAGCACUAGCCACAGCUACUAUGCAAAUUGGCAAGGCAUUCGGAUCUAAUGCUAUUCGGAUUGCUGGUACCGUAAUUAGUGUCAUUCUGGUUGUCGUUUGGUUAGGUGUGCUGUUCAUGCUAGUAAGGGCAAUAUUCCUGAAACGACUUCUUAUGCCGGGACGGCUUAAUGGUGCUGCUCAUCAAAGGAAGAAAUGGGCGAGAAAAUUUGGCAAUGGUGUGUGGAAGGAGUAAAAACAGAAUCGUGGAAUUGUCUACCGGGUACAAUGAAGUUAAAGAAUUUGUUCGAAUAUGUUUCUUUUAUCAAUUCCUGAUUCUAGGAGUGGUGGCGAUAGACUUGGAUAUGCUGGUCAUUGAAUAGCACACUUGUUGUAAGAUGGGGUUAUAUUAAUAGCACAGGGGAUCGAAAUAUAGAUAACGGAUUACUGUGAAAUAUUCAAUAAAUUUAAAACUUUCUAGAUCA